UCUGGCGAAGUCCAAAGUGUCUCCUUCUUAAAAAUAAGUUGUCACUUCCGCCCAAGGCGUUUCAGACACCAGUAACUUGGAACGAUAAUCUCCUUAACAAGACGAUAACUAGAAAGGGGCGUCCUAACCCGAAAAUGUACGAUGUGAUGGAAAGUGAGACAAAGGCAAAGAUCCUCCAAAAUGAAGACCGCGAAUUUUAAUACGAGUGAGGUGGUAACUUUUUAGGGUAAGAUUUUGAGACGGAUUUCUGCUGGGUUAAGCAACUGGAAAACCAUGAAAUAUGAGUGGCACUAACAUCACAGGAGCUGACUGGCUAUUGUCCUCAAACUUCAAUGGCUCCAUGUACAAUGCAUCCAGCAAAGGUUAUCCAACCAACUCCAGCUGUGACAACACCAGCAGCAACACCUCCUGCAUUGAGGACCAGGAGAGCCCCUACAAGACGGUGGAAAUGGUUUUCAUUGCCUUGGUGACUGGCUCCCUCAGUUUCGUCACCGUAGUUGGCAACAUCUUGGUGAUGCUCUCCAUCAAAGUCAACCGGCACCUCCAAACAGUCAACAACUACUUCCUCUUCAGCCUGGCAUGUGCCGACCUCAUAAUCGGGGCCUUCUCCAUGAACCUCUACAGCGUCUACAUCAUCGUUGGGUACUGGCCGCUGGGGCCCGUGGUGUGUGAUCUGUGGUUGGCCUUGGACUAUGUGGUCAGCAAUGCCUCAGUGAUGAACCUCCUCAUCAUUAGCUUCGACCGGUACUUCUGCGUGACCAAGCCCCUGAGCUACCCUACACGACGGACCACCAAGAUGGCGGGGUUGAUGAUCGCGGCAGCCUGGAUCCUCUCCUUCAUCCUCUGGGCUCCCGCCAUCCUGUUCUGGCAGUUCAUCGUGGGAGAGCGUUCGGUCCCGUCAGGGCAGUGCUACAUCCAGUUACUCUCCAACCCUGCCGUGACUUUUGGCACGGCCAUCGCUGCCUUCUACCUGCCCGUGGUCAUCAUGACCGUCCUCUACAUCCAGAUCUCGCUGGCCAGCCGCAGCCGGGUGAAGAAGCAGAAGCCUGAGGCCAAGAAGGAGAAGUCCCUGAAGUCCAGCAGCCUGCUCAAGAGCCACAUCCUCAAGCAAAACAACAACAACUCCUCCUCCAAGCCCAGCACGGAGUCCAGCACCGAGGGGGUGAAGAACGGCAAGCUGGAGGAAACGGUGUCCACCAAAGCUGACUCCAGUGUCCAGCCUGAGGAGAAGGAGACCUCCAAUGACUCCAGCACGGCCAGCAUCGCACCCAAGGACACCAAGGAGCAGGCCGGCGGCCUAGCCGCCUCAGAGAACCCGGCUCUAGUGCCCACCCCCGUAACCACCAGGAUAAACCCCAGCUCCAAAUGGUCCAAAAUUAAGAUCGUCACCAAGCAGGCUGGGGACGAAUGCAUCACUGCUAUUGAGAUAGUGCCCCCGAACAAUGCCGAAAACAACUCCAUUUCCAUCAGCCGGCCACGGACGGUGGCCCGGAAGUUCGCCAGCAUUGCCAGAAGUCAGGUCAAGAGGAAGCGGCAGAUGGCGGCCAGGGAGAAGAAGGUGACGAAGACCAUCUUCGCCAUCCUCCUGGCCUUUAUCAUAACAUGGACUCCCUACAAUGUGAUGGUACUCAUCAACACUUUCUGCCAGUCCUGCAUCCCUGACACGGUGUGGGCCAUCGGCUACUGGCUGUGCUACGUCAACAGCACUAUAAAUCCUGCAUGCUAUGCCCUCUGCAAUGUGACUUUUAAAAAGACCUUCAAGAACCUCCUCUUGUGCCAGUAUAAGAACAUUGGUACAAGGUAAGCCAAGGAAAAGGCUCUUGACUUUGCUCAGUGCCCAGGUGGCUCGUGGAUUUUAUCUCUCACACAAUGGCUCUGAAGGUACCAACUCGCAAGAGGCACUACGAGUCUUUCCCAUCGUUUGGAUGGAUGUGUACCAUAUAAUGGAAGGGACUUUUUCACUGUAAAAUAUGAAUGCUGGCCAGAUCAAGUGUUUUCUGAUUAGAUGCAAGACACUGCAGCAGUAUCAUUUCAACUGCUGGUCUCUCAGUAUAAUUUAUAGUCUGUGGAAACGUGGAGACAAUCUUCAAACAAAGCACAGCGAAAAUGGUGUCCAGUCAUAUAAAUCUCACCCCUCAAUGGAGAAUUGAGUCAGGAAAUGCCCCUGAGAAUAUUUCCUUAAAUACUACAAACACCUAUCUUUAAGUUGGAUCUGUUCAUUCAAACUAUUUUACGAAUUGUGGUGUGCCGCAAUCCUUAGCCACCCUAGCUUUGGCCACCCACAAUUCAGUCAGCUUUAAGACAGAAUCAUAGCAAUUAAUUUAUCUCCAAUUCAUUUCAGACUACUGUUAAAACAAGAUUGCUUUCAACUUUCAAACAAUACUUCUUCAGAAAAGCUAGGCACAAUUUUAAGCAAUGAUUAUUCUAGAGAUAAAAUAUAUGUGAUAUGGGCAAAAGGCUCACUUAGGUCACAAGGUCCAAACUCUUGCUCUCUCCAUCCCAACUGCUUCUUGCAACAGUGUAUGUUUCGAUGUUAUGCUUCAGACUGAAACAAAAGAAACAGGUCCUGUUGCUUGCCAACUUAAAUCCUCAUGACUUUGCUCCUAAAUUCAACCCAGCCACAAUGCUACAAUCAAAUGCAUUGCUUGUGUACAGAACCGUUAAACAACUUGUUUUGUGUACAGGCCCUUGAAUGCAAGAUAUAAACAAAUGGAGGAAACUUUUAUCCAUUGUUUUCCUGCUCAUUCAGAGAUGUGUAAAUAUGAAGCAUAUGUAUGCAUACAAUAUGUUACAAGGACAAGGGAGUAUGGUUUCUCUUGUGUAAUUACUAUCUGGAUGUGUGUAUUUCUGUUGUAUUUGCUUCAUUGUUAUCUAUCUAAAGGUGGUACCCAUUUUUUGAAAUUUUACAAACUGAAAAAUAAAAUGUUUUGCUGCCUGUAUGCAAAAAAAUGUGCUACAAAUGAUAUAUUUUUCAUUUCCUUUUAAGUCACAUCUUUCUGGGAAGAAAAAAAUAUGAACAGUAUUUCAAUUUGUUUGGAAUGUGGUACAGUAGUUUAAAUCCUUUACGCACCCUGUCCCUCCCAACUGCGUAUUCCUAUGUGUGACAGAACACACUGUGGACAGCAGCUGAUGUUCAAUUAAAUUAACUGCAAUGUAUACAGAAGUUAUGAUAACUGGUUCUCCCACUGGCUGUUUUCAUCUCCCUUGCCAAUCACACUUUAUAAUAAGGGAUCAAUAUACCUAUGCAAUUGCACAGAUAAGUAUAAACAAGCACAUUGUAACAUCUUAUAUUGUUACAUAAUGUGUAUAAUUAGGCCUACUGAACAGUUGGAGGAGUUUGAUUAAUUUGUUUUUAGGAUGUGCAUGGGCUUGUUCUUGGUAGAUGAUACAGUUACUGUAGUUUGGGGCUUUUGGGUUUUGCUAAUAAAAGAUGAAAGUUAUAAUUUUAUACCCAUUAAAAUGAACAGAUUUUAUUUCACAUAAGUAACUGUGUAAAUGUGUACAUAGUACUUACAACAACCAUAGUAACAAUUACAUAGUUAUAAGUGUCUUCUCAAUAUAAAGUGUUACAGUACCUUGUUGCCUUAUUCAACCUUCAGAAAAGAACAUCCCAUGCUGAGAUGAUUUAAACUGUACAAGCGCUCAUACAUUAUGCUGACAAAGAACCCAGCUUCUGCCAUUUUAAUUAGUCACAGUAGUUUCAUGUAAUCAAAACAAUUCAUAUUUGAUGUGGCAAUGACACAGUAUGAUGCUUGAUUGUGCAUAAAAAAACUGUAUGGGCAAUUCCUUGGAUGACAUCAUCACAAAGAUAAUUAGGACAUACCGUGUUAUUUUCCCUUAAAUGUCCAACACUGUACAGAAGAUUGUAUUGUUUUUUAUUGCCUAAUGCUAAAUAAAUAUCUUGUAGUUAUGAA